AUGCCUCAGCUUCUGAACAGCAUACUCAAUGUGAGUAAGGUAUUCCAGAAAUAUGCUGAACACCAUGGGGAAUGCACUUCACUGAGCAAGAUGGAGUUGAAGCAGUUGCUUCUCACUGAGUUUGGAGACAUCCUUCGGAGACCAAAUGACCCAGAGACUGUGGAAACCAUUCUGGAACACUUGGACCGAGACAGAAAUGGAUAUGUUGAUUUUCAUGAAUACCUCUUGUUGGUGUUCCAAUUGGCCCAAGCCUGCCAUCAUAAGCUAGACAGUAAAUUGUAUGGAAGCAGAACCUCCUCCCAGAAAGAACAGGGUCAUAAAGGAACACAGAGCCAUAAGUUUUCAGAAAACACAGGCAGACAACAUAGGCAGAAUUCUCACAACAGUCAGUCUGAGGGACAAAGUCAGGAUGUCCAACAUGAUCAGUCUCAGAAACAAGAUAAGAACUCUCACUGCGGUCACUCUGAAAGACAUGAUACAGGCUCUCACCAUGGUCAGUCAGAGAGACAAGAUAGGGAUUCCCACCAUGGUCAGUCAGAGAGAUUCCAUGGGGACUCCCAGUAUGAUCAUUCUGAGAGACAAGACACAGAUUAUAGCUCUGAUCAGUCUGAGACAGAUGAUCAAUACUCUAGCUCUGGUCAAAGAUUGAGUUAUAACUCUAGCAAUGACCAGGCCAAAAGUCAAGGAUAUGUCUUUGCCUUAAAUCAGUCUAAGAACCCAGCUCAGGUUUCUCAUUAUGGCCAGUCUAAGACAUUUGGACGACAAAGCAGCCGUGGCCAGUCUGGAAGGCUCCAACAAGAUUCUUAUUCUAGUCAAACCAGUCAGCAAGAAUCUGGUUCUUAUGAACAAUAUGAGAGGCAGCCUCAGAAAUCAGGCAACAGUCAGACAGACAGACAGGCCCAGAAUUCUCACAAUAGCCAACCAGAUAAACAAAGGCAUAGUUUCCAACAUGGUCAGACAGAUGGACAAAGACACAGUUUCCAUUAUGGACAGAUGGAUAAGCAAGGCCAGAAAGGCCAGAAUUUUCAUUAUGGUCAGAAAGGUAGACAAGGUCACAAUUCUCACCAGGGUCAGACAGGCAGACAAGGUCAGGGUUCUCUCCAGGGUCAAUCAGACAGUGAAGACCAGAGUUCACAGUGGCAUCAGACAGACAGAGAAGGCCACAGUUUUCAUUUUGAUCAGACAGGCAGACAAGGCCAGAGUUCUCACCAGGGUCAGAAAGGCAGACAAGAACAGAGUUCUCACCAGGGUCAAUCAGACAGUGAAGACCAGAGUUCAAGAUGGCAUCAGACAGACAGAGAGGGCCACAGUUUUCAUUUUGAUCAGACAGGUAGACAAAUCCAGAGUUCUCACCAGGGUCAGAAAGGUGGACAAGGCCAGAGUUCUUACCAGGGUCAGAAAGGUGGAAAAGGACAGACUUCUCACCAAGGUCAGAAAGGUGGACAAGGACAGACUUCUCACCAGGGUCAGAAAGGUGGACAAGGCCAGAGUUCUUACCAGGGUCAGAAAGGUGGACAAGGACAGACUUCUCACCAAGGUCAGAAAGGUGGACAAGGACAGACUUCUCACCAGAGUCAGAAAGGUGGACAAGGACACAUUUCUCACCAGAGUCAGAAAGGUGGACAAGGACAGACUUCUCAUCAGAGUCAGAAAGGUGGACAAGGACAGACUUCUCAUCAGAGUCAGAAAGGUGGACAAGGACAGACUUCUCAUCAGAGUCAGAAAGGUGGACAAGGACAGACUUCUCAUCAGAGUCAGAAAGGUGGACAAGGACAGAAAUUCUACCAGGGUCAAUCAGACAAUGAAGACCAGAGUUCACAGUGGCAUCGGACAGACAGAGAAGGCCACAGUUUUCAUUUUGAUCAGACAGGCAGACAAGGCCAGAGUUCUCUCCAGGGUCAAUCAGACAAUGAAGACCAGAGUUCAAGAUGGCAUCAGACAGACAGAGAGGGCCACAGUUUUCAUUUUGAUCAGACAGGUAGACAAAUCCAGAGUUCUCACCAGGGUCAGAAAGGUGGACAAGGCCAGAGUUCUUACCAGGGUCAGAAAGGUGGACAAAGCCAGAGUUCUUACCAGGGUCAGAAAGGUGGACAAGGACAGACUUCUCACCAAGGUCAGAAAGGUGGACAAGGACAGACUUCUCACCAGGGUCAGAAAGGUGGACAAGGACAGACUUCUCAUCAGAGUCAGAAAGGUGGACAAGGACAGAAAUCCUACCAGGGUCAAUCAGACAAUGAAGACCAGAGUUCACAGUGGCAUCGGACAGACAGAGAAGGCCACAGUUUUCAUUUUGAUCAGACAGGCAGACAAGGCCAGAGUUCUCUCCAGGGUCAAUCAGACAAUGAAGACCAGAGUUCGAACUGGCAUCGGACAGACAGACAAGGCCAGAGUUUUCAUUUUGAUCAGACAGGCAGACAAGGCCAGAGUUCUCACCAGGGUCAAAUAGACAGACAAAACCAGAGUUCUCACUGUGGUCAGUCAGAGAUUGGGAAAACUGAACUUCAAGGGCAAAACAGGUACUUCCAAGGAACUGAUGAAACAGGGAGAGACUCAUAUGUUGAGCAAUCUGGAAGAUCAGGAAAACUAAGUCAACAGACUUCAAGAGAGGAAGUGAAUCAAACCCAGAGACAGAGAUUCCAGGAUAGAAGGGAGCAGCAAACUCACCACCAGGCAUGGAAACCUGCAGAAGAUAAUCAACACAAACUCUUAGCUCAGAUACAGCAAGAAGAGCCAUACACCCAUAAUGAGUAUGACUGGCAAUCCCAGAGUAGUGAGGAGGGCCACUGGGUAGAGGAAGAGCAUCAUCAAAGCUGGGAUAGACACAGUCUUGAGGAUCAGGAAAGUCUAUAUGAGAUGCAGAACAGGCAAACCCAUGAAGAUGAAAAAAGCCAUCAGACAAGGGAUAGGCAAACCCAUGCAGAUGAGCAGAAACAGCAAAGACAACACAGGCAAACUCACGAAGAAAGUCACGAUCAUCAACAUGGUAGACAAACCCAUGAAGAUGAGCAAAGCCAUCAGAGACAAGACAAACAUCAAAAUUACCAUCAACAGUGGGAUGAACAAGCUCAUGAAGAAAACGAAAGGUUUCCAGGAUCCCAAGACCAAUCCAGGAGUUUCCCCAACAAAGAAAAAUUCCACAUGCAUGAAGAUGACCAGUGGCAAGGACCCCAGGAAAGACAUUUCCAUCCAACCCAUGGUGGUGAGAGGUCCCAAAGAAGAGAACAACACAGAAACCACCCUACCGAAACAGCUAUUUCCCCCAAUCCAUUCUAUGACUACGUACGAGAGCAAGCAGCUUAUCAAUACUAG